CAGCUCGUCGUCAGGUGGGGAAUGGGAGGGAGGCCGAGCAGGGCCUAGAAGCCUGGGGACCCGCCGUGAGCAAGGUCGAAGGGGGGGCGGGGGGAGGGGAAGGAGAGGUUUGGGACGUGGAGCUGGUGGGUAGGGCGGCGCCGGAUCGCCCCGGGCCGGAGGCGGGCCAGACAGUGGGGUAGGGAGCGGGGCGAGAGGCGCGCGGGGCCCGGACUCCCGGGACCCCCGUCUGGCCUGGGGGAGUUCUUCUCCGCAGGGUCGCAGCCGGCCUCCGCGCGCCCGCCCCCCGGGCCCCUUCCUCGCCUCCGCGUCCCGCCCCGGCCCCCGCCCCGCCCCUCCCCUCCCGCCCCUCCUCUCCCCUCCUUCCCUGCCCCCUCUCCCCGCCCCCGCCUCCGCGCGCCAUUCCUCGCCGUCCUCCGGCCGUGCGCCCCGCCAGCCGCGUCUCGGCCAUGGCAGGCCUGGGGCCGCGACCCGCCAAGGGCUACCGGGUGGUGCUGCUCGGGAGCGUGGCCGUGGGCAAGACGGCGCUGGCCACGCAGUUCGCCUGCGGCAGCUUCCCGGAGCAGUGCGAGCCGUCGGUGGAGGAGCUCUUCAGCAAGGUGAUCGAGGUGAACGCGGCGCCCGCCCUGCUGGAGAUCGUGGACACCGUGGGCGCCGAGCACCUGGUCACCCUCAAGGACCUGUACAUCAAGAACAGCGACGGCUUCGUGGUGCUCUACAGCGUGUGCAGCGAGGCCUCGUUCGAGGCGGUGCGGCCGCUGCGGGAGCGCAUGGGCCGGCUGCGGGGGCCCAAGGCCGUGCCGCUCGUGCUCGUGGGCACCAAGGCCGACCUGGACGCCGAGCGCCAGGUGCUGACGGCACGGGGCCGCGCGCUGGCCCGCGAGUGGCGGUGCCCGUUCCUGGAGGUCACGGCCAAGAGCAAACUGAUGGUGGACCAGGUGUUCACGCAGGUGGUGCGCGAGGUGGAGGCCCUGGCCCCGCCCGAGGAGCGGGCCCCGGCCCUCCCCACCCAUGCCCAGGACACGUGGCCCUCGGAAAGAUUCAUUGGCUGAGGCGCAAAGGUGACUUUUUAGUGUGUUCGGCGCGUUUCUGAUUUCUGAAGCUCAGUCCUCCUUCCCUGCCUUUUUAAAGAAAGUUUUCCGGCCCAAGACAAGUGAUGAUGGCUUCUGUGUCCGAACUCAAACCAGCGCUUUGGACUGUUGGCCUGAAAACUUGGCCACUUUGUUUACGUCUUACAGGGCUCUAGAAAACCCAAAAUUCGUAUUGUUUUCCUGGAUGGAGACUCCCAGCCUUUUCUUCACAUGGGAUUUGUUACAGGAUUCUCUUUUUUCCCCCUUUUGAUAAUGAAUGCCUUCGAAUGCACCAGACCUUUGAAAUUGAUUGAGGAACAUGAACUGAAGACUUCAAGCCUUGGAUUCUGUGAGGUUUUCAUGUGUUUCCCUCUCAUCCGCAGCCUUGCAUUGCAGCAGUAAUAUUUUCCUCUCUGUGUAUUUCUAAAUAUAGGUAUGACAUACACAGCGUUGGUUUGAAAGGGAUAUUGUAUACCCUGGGAGGGGAGCACGGAACUGCUCACACACAGCUCAGCCUGCCUUCCGCUCUGUAAUUGACAUCUAGUCGAUGUUGAAUCUGCACAGCGAGUGAAAAUGAAGCGAUUUUAAAAGGUGAUAGUUCUAAA